UGCCAGGUACUGUUACUGAUGCCUGUUUGGGGUGUACAGCAAACUACAUUUUGUCCUGGCGUUUAUUCCAGCUCAUUUGGAGACUGUUAGAGCAUUGUGGAGAUUGGCAUUAGUGCUGGAGCUGUACCCAUUGCUGCUGAGACAGACACUUCCGGAGGGAUCUGAGCGGAGAGCGGCGCUGAAAUCUACCCUAUAACCCGUUAGAAUGAAUACUGAAAACUUCUCUUUAAGUGAACAGAUUGUCUCCCCUUCAUACAUUCGGCAAGGUUCACAAGCCCGUCGCACACACGAGCACUUAAUUCGGCUGCUAAUAGAAAAGGGUAAAUGCCCAGAAGAUGGAUGGGAUGAGAGUACAAUUGAGCUUUUUCUACAUGAACUGGCUAUCAUGGACAGCAACAACUUCCUUGGUAAUUGUGGAGUUGGUGAGAGGGAAGGAAGAGUGGCCUCAAACCUAGUUGCUAGAAGACAUUAUAGAUUUAUGCAUGGAAUUGGAAGAUCAGGUGACAUUGCAGCUGUUCAGCCCAAAGCAGCAGGAUCCAGUCUCCUGAACAAAAUUACAAACUCUGUAGUCCUGGACAUUCUUCGAGCUGCAGGUGUUCGAACUGUUUCUAGCUGCUUUGUGGUUCCAAUGGCAACAGGAAUGAGCCUGACUCUUUGCUUUCUUGCACUACGACACAGGAGACCUAAAGCAAAGUUUAUCAUAUGGCCAAGGAUUGAUCAGAAAUCAUGCUUCAAAUCAAUGAUCACUGCAGGUUUUGAACCUGUAGUGAUUGAGAACCUACUUGAGGGAGAUGAAUUGCGCACAGAUUUGCAGACUAUUGAGAGCAAGAUCCAACAGCUUGGGGCAGAAAAUGUCCUUUGUGUUCACUCCACUACCUCCUGCUUUGCCCCAAGAGCUCCUGACAGACUGGAAGAACUGGCUCAAAUUUGUGAAAAAUAUGAUAUCCCUCAUAUAGUCAAUAACGCUUAUGGAGUGCAGUUGUCCAAGUGUAUGCACCUCAUUCAACAGGGAGCACGUGUUGGCCGGAUAGAUGCUUUUGUGCAAAGCUUGGACAAGAACUUCAUGGUUCCAGUAGGUGGUGCCAUAGUUGCUGGUUUCGAUGAUGCCUUCAUAAAUGAAAUCAGCAAAAUGUACCCAGGUCGAGCUUCAGCAUCGCCCUCGACUGAUGUUCUUAUUACAUUGCUAUCGCUCGGUGUGAAUGGUUAUAAGUGCCUCUUAAAAGAAAGAAAGGAAAUGUUCACUUACCUUUCUACUGAAGUAAAGAAGUUGUCUGAAGCUCAUGGUGAAAGGCUUCUGGAGACAUCGCAUAACCCUGUAUCUUUAGCAAUGUCCUUGAAAAGAUUUCAUGAGCACAAUGAUAAGGCUGUCACUCAGCUUGGAUCUAUGCUUUUCACCAGACUGGUAUCUGGAGCCAGAGUUGUUCCUGUCGGCUCAGAACAAAUUAUAAAUGGAUACGCUUUCCAAGGAUUUAUGUCACACACGAAUUGCUAUCCAUGCCCUUAUCUGAAUGCUGCAUCAUCUAUUGGAAUUAAAAAACAAGAUGUGGACCUUUUUAUUAAGAAACUGGACAAGUGUCUCAAGACCUUACUGAAAGAGAAAGGAAUUGCAGGAACUGAAAUGGAAAUGUUGGCAAAAUGUGAAGGUGUUGUUACAGCUGAUUUGUCAGAAAGUGUCAAAAUGGACUAAAGGUCAUGACAGAUGUGGUAAAUCACCCUUUCUGACACCCCUUAAAUUGGGCAAGCUCGCUCAAUUCAGAGGUGACUAGCAGAAGUGCAUGACAAAUAUGUUGAAAACUUUCAUUAUUCUCACUUUUUUUCUUUUAGUUUUCUUUGUAAGGAUGAUUGUUGAUCAUCUGGAUACUUUUAAAAGGGAAUUAUGUUAUGACUCUGAGGCACAUCUGAGGAGCUAAUGUCAUGAUUAUUUUCAUGAGAAUGAUGAAAACAAUAAUUUGACCAUCUACAAUUAAGCAACAGUUGCAAAUGGGGUACAUUAGCCUACAAUAUAUAUUUUGAAUGCAGAUGGAGUUUAGAUUGGGUUUAUUAAAAAUAAAAAUGUGGCUUAGGAAAAUAAUUGAAAAUAUUUGAAUUUGCUCUUGCACUGCAAGAUUGUUUUAUAACUGUUUUGUCCUAAGCAUUUUUGAUGGUGUGUAUUGCAUUUGACAUUGCACUGUUUUCUUUGUUAAUUAUUAGCUGUCACAAUAAAUGUGUGUAAAAGUAAAA